AUGAGAGGAGGUCCCCGAAGUAUUGAAGAGCUACUGUAUCAAAAGCUGUUAGAAAGCCCUGGCUUUCACCGUUUCGUACGUCGAAUUUACUACAAGAUCAACGGACUCCAAGAACCGUUGAACAAAUCCACCAGUUCGGUUUCGGCAGAUCAGAUUUUUAGACCUACCAAACUGCAAAAGUUCAAGGCAUAUAGAGUACUCUUUUGGGACGAAGUAAGAUCGGUUUUUGGUUUACAGAGACGUUUCAACAAGUAA